AGAACUUAAAAGCUCAGUGCGUGUGUGAAAAUCGGGAUCCUAAUUCCUAAUUGGUGAGUGCAAAAAACCAAAAUUUUAUUCGUUUGACCUUGCACCGCGCACCAACGACAUCAUGCAAGAAAACAAUAGCUCAGCAAGUGGAGGCUUUGACCAGCAACAGCUUGACCAAUAUGCCAAUCUGGAAGCCCAACAAGAACAGCUGCGACAGCUGAAACAACAAAUUCAGCAGCUUAUGCAACAACAGGCUCCAGGCCAGCAAGAUUAUGAAGGAGGCAGUGUCACUGCCACAUCUUAUAAACUAAAAGAGUUUGAGAUCCAGUACCCGGAAGCUUGGUUUGCAAAAGCAGAACUAGAGUUCCAGAAGCAUCGCACUACUAGUGACUCGUCAAAAUUUCAUGAAAUUGUAUGUGCUUUACCCUCUAACAUAGUCGAACAACUCUUGGACAUAAUAUACACCCCACCUGCCCAAGACAAGUAUGCAACACUAAAAGCUCGCAUUCUCAAGAGGUACGCUGACCCAGAAGUUAAAAAACUUGAAAUUCUACUCAGUGGCGUAGAACUUGGUGACAGAAAACCAUCGGAGCUGUUCAGAUACAUGCAAAAUUUAGCAAAAGGUAAUGUUUCUGAUUUAUAUUUACUAACACACUGGCUCAGCUUACUCCCAGCCAACAUUCGUCCCAUUCUCAAAGCUCUUAAAACUGACAAUGUUGAUAAGACGCUGGAAGCAGCAGACUCAAUCAUUGACACACCAAAAGCACCAUACACAUUUGCCAUCGGUACACCUACCCAUGCAAGUGCCAGCUUAACCCCGCCAGUCGCGGCAGUUCAACGCACUUCAGAAUUUGUGACAAAAAUACACAGCGCCAGUCCAGGUCUCAGGACCGAGAUAACAGGGACAACAGAGCACCUACGUGUUGUGUUAGACAUCCUCCUAACCAACAAACUGCGCAUCAACUGGGACAAGUGCGUCUUCGCGCAGGAAGAAAUCAACUUCUUAGGCUUCACAGUCAACGCUCGAGGGUUCAAGCCACCAGCAGAAAAAGUUGAAGCCAUCCUGGCUUACCCCAGACCAGAGACCCUGUGGGACCUAAAACGCUACCUUGGGGCGGUCAACUACUUCAGAGCUCACAUGCCUCACGCAGCACAUUCGCAGGUUCUCCUUAACGAUCAGCUUCGAGGCUCCAGGAAGCGAGACAAGAGGCGCAUCGAGUGGACUCCACAGCUCAUAGAGGCUUUCGAAUCCACGAGAAAAGCUCUGGCUGACGCAACAUCAUCAUCGUUCCUAAAUCCAGAUGCAAAAAUCGGUCUUACAGCAGACGCAUCAUCAACGGCCAUUGGAGGGUCGUUAGAGCAAAUAAUCGGUGAAGCACGCCAUCCUCUUGGAUUUUUCUCCAGAAAGCUGUCUCCGACUGAGUGA